GACCGCUCUCUCCCAGUCAGUCAGUAGCACAACAACUCAUUACAACAAACCCCGGGGAUGUGCACAAUGACAGUACCAUGGAGUUCUUCUGCCUUUUCUUACCUCUUCUUUUGGCUCUGAAGAUACGCACUGCAUAUUCGGCUCCUGAUUUCUCUCUAUACCUUCACACCAUCCUGAAGAACCACACGGCUCAUGCUUGUGAAGGAGACACGCUCAUCAUCGAGUGUCCUUCAAGGACGUCUGUGACCGUCUUAUCAGCUUUCUAUGGAAGACGUGUUCCUAAUCAGCAUUUAUGCCCCUCUGCAAACACAAACAUAACUGUGGAGGAGGAUAAAGAAUGCACUUCCCCAGUUGCCAUCGAGAAAGUGCUGUCAGAGUGUCAGGAUCACCAGUCCUGUCACAUCCCUGUCUUCAGUCCAGUGUUUGGGCAGGACCCCUGUCCUCUCACCAGCAAGUACCUUCUAGUCUCAUACAAGUGCAGACCAGAGCACCACCGCACAAGGUUGGUGUGUGAAAAUGAGCGUCUGAGGCUGAUGUGUAAAAAUGAGACUGUCCUCGCCAUCUACUCCGCCACGUUUGGACACCUGCUGCAUGGCAGUCCUUACUGUCCUCAGGAACCUGGAUCACAUACUGACAUGGAGUGUUUGUCACCUUCGGCUCUGAGGAAGGUGUCACGCAGGUGUCAUGGCAGAGCGAACUGCUCAGUACUGGCCGAUACUCAAACCUUUGGGGACCCCUGCUUCACUGGCACCAGGAAACACCUGCGAGUGUCCUUCACUUGUGUGCCUCGGUAUCUUCUGGAAGAUGUUGGUCGAGGGUCAACAGAUCCUUUCAUGAUCUCAGACUACACACAUGGUGGAUGGUACACUGGCCCCACCUACAGGCCUCAAAACGUGCUCUUAACCAACUCUCUGGAGAUCAUUGAAAAAAUAUUGGGUCUCCCAGAGCGAGUGGCUCUGUACUUUGUCUCUGGCAUCUGUGCUGGUCUGGUUUUCCUGCUCUGCCUGUUUGGUCUACGCUCCACACUAGUGAGGGAUGUCAAAGAUCUGGUUUCUGAGCUGAACGAUGAACUGAAAGCAUCUCGCAGACAGCGCAAGGACCUCAUGGAGGACCUCUUCGACGAGGACAUCUCAGACACGUCGUCCUUCUGUCGCCUCACACAAUCCUACCGCACAACAGACAUCUUCAGUCCUUCCACUUUGACAGUAGAGAUGGUUGAACGUGAGGUGGAACAGAUGACGGAUCUGCCCAACGGAGACAUUUGGCCACAACGAAACUCCAGCCCUUAUGCCAUUCACAACAUUAAAACCUACAACAAUUGAGAGAAGUCACAUGUAUGAGUGAAACUACUGCUAAAGCAUCCGUCUGCUAUGAAAGUUGUGAACUGAAAUCACAUGCAGACAUUUAUUUUACUUUUAAAACAAUUUAACUGUGCCUCCUUAUCCAUGUAUUGUCAUUCAUGACCAAGUGACUCUAACAGUGGUGGAAGAAGUAUUCAGAUCCUUUACUUAAGUAAAGUAGCAAUACCACACUGUGAAAAUACUCCACUACAAGGCAAAGCAAGUUUAUUUGUAUAGCACAUUUUAUACACAAAGUGCUUUACAUAAAGCAUAAAAAGGUAUAAACAUAAGAAACAAAUAAAACAGAAAAUAAAACUAUUCAUAAAAGAAGACUAAAUAGAAUGAUUUAAGGAAAACAGUAGAAAUACAGCAGAUUUAAAAGAUUUAAGAAGUGCAAAAGUAUAAAAAUGUAAUAUCUUUAAAUGACCUUGGGAAAGGCAGUGGCAAACAGAAAAGUUUUAAGCCUCAACAAAAUACUCCACUACAAGUCCUGGAUUCAAAAACUUACGUAAGCAAAAUUAU